AUGCUUCCAAAAACCAAUAAAAAUUGGAAGCAGGUCAAAUCGCAACUUCGACUUCCAUGGGGAAUACUGUUUCUAGUUUUAUCAGUGAUAAGUGUCCUGAUAUGGUUUUUCAGUGGAGAUGAACAACCAAACCGACUUUUUUACGACGAGAUGAAAUUGAUGGAGACUGGAGAAGAAAAUGCGUUCAUUCACUCUGCCUACUAUUAUGAAAGCUCGAAAUCAUUGGGCAAAAACGCCAUAGCUAUAGUGUCCACCAUGCACAAAGGAGCAGUCACUGAUCUCAAUGAGUUUGUUUUGAAAGUUGUGGGAACAAACUCAACGACACGAUUAGUCACAGAUGCAAGAUUGAGCACUGAACAUGAUCCUGACGAGAGCUGUGAAUACACAACUGUCCUGAUCCAGGCAAAUACUUUGAAUUCAAUGACAAAGUUGGAAAUCGAGACCAGAGAUGGAUUGGUCCCGCUUCCAUUUUCUGAGCCGAAACUUGAUUCUCCGAGACCUGUUGUUUUCUGCAUUGCCCCUCUCUUUGCUGCUGAACAGUGGCAAUCCUUCCUAAUGCAACUCCACGUCACCAAAAAGUUCGGAGCUCAUCUCCACGUCUACAUGAUGACAAUGCUCGAACACUAUUAUCAAAUGGUUCGAGAACUGGGAGAACUUGGUGUCAUCUCAACUCAGCCGUGGCUUAGCGUGAAGUUCUCACAAGUUGGAAAACCUUUUUUGGAGCCAAAUCGCAAUUCGGAGCUGAGAAAUCCAGCAGCCGCUUUCACGGAUUGCCUGCUUCAGUACAAGGAGGCAGCACAGUUUAUUGGAUUUAUGGAAAUCGAAGACUUAUUAUUCCCAGUUAAUGCUGAUUCUUAUUAUGAGGAGUUCGAGAGAGAAUAUGAAGGAAGUUAUCAGAUCAGUGCUCUUUAUUAUCAGAUAAUAGAACAACAGUCUGUUAAAUACAGCUCCCCUGAGCAACAAAGUCUUGGAGCCCUGCUUGGAAGUGCUCAAGGAGGAGACGCUAUGAAGAAUGGCCGGUCUAUUGUCCGUCCAGAACGCUACAAUUCAACGUGGACACACUAUUCAACACAAGCUGAAAGUCAACCAGUAUAUCUGACGGAACAACAAGAAGAUCCACAUUAUUUGAACAGGAAGAAGAUUUCAGCAAAUGCAUUUUUAAGAUUCAAAAAUCUGGAAUAUAGUCCUGGGGAGACUGUCAAUUCGACAGUAAUCCCGAUGAACCCAUUGAGUCAUGAUCAACCACUUUUGAACGAGGAACAAAUGAAAGAGAUUGAAGAUGGAAUCAAAGAAACUCUACUUCUACCAACUCUUCAAGAUUAUAUAAAACGUCUUCCAACUGAAGAUUUUUAUUCAACAAAACUGAAGGAAUGUCUGGAUAAUCAAAGACACGGAAAGGGACAUUGUGUGAAUACAAAGUCGUGCAAUCUUCCAAACAAUGACAAGAUCCCAUGCCGGCAUUCUGAUGGGCUCUAUCACUCGGUCCGAGUAAUGAAACCAUAUACAUAUCAUUAUGUUACUGAAUAUUAUUUCACUAGAAAUUUAGGUUGUUAUGAAUGA